AUGCGCCAACACCAGCGCACCAUCAUGAUUGGCAGCCUGCUCUUUUACGCUCUCUACCCUCUGUCGCGGUACCUGACCGCCCGUGGACGCUCAGAGGCCUUAAAGAAAGUUCUCCCUCCUGCAGUGGUUAAUGGCACUGCAGUGUGGGAUGGUGGUUCUGUCACACCCAGGAGGUUCACCCAGUCUCAGACAACCCUGCUGGACCAGUGGCUCAGCCCAAGCAGUGCGACGAAGGGAGAAACGAAAGAAAGGAUGAAAGAGCAGAGCUCAGAAAAAAAAAAUGAUGCGGAAAUCCAACCAGAAAAAGAACAGCCGGUGGCCGUCCUGCGUGAAGAAACUGAGGCUGUAAAGAAAAGUGAGAGCCAACAAGACAAAAUGAAAGUUCCCAAGCCAGAGGAGAACCAUGAGGAGUUGUUUAGGAAGCCAAACACAGACGAUGCCACUAUUUCUCCAGCUGAGGAAAUCAGCCCAGUGCAAGGUCUUGGUGAAAAGUUAAAGUGCCUGCAAACAGAUGACGGCACAGAGGAGAGUGCCUGUCCAGUGCAGGAACAAAUCCAGAUAUACACCAUUAAGGAGUCCGUUAUCCCAUCUGCACACAUCAUGCAAGAAACCACCUGUCCAGCACAGAGUCUUCCAAGCAUGGACGAAUCAACUGCCAAUCAAAUGACAGAGUGCUGGGAUGAAUACUGCAUGGCUCCCACUGCUGAAGAAAUGCGUGCUGCAACAUGUAGUUCUAAUUUGAUAUUUGCCUCUCCGCUGUUUAACGCUCAAACCCACCUUAAAUUCAGCGAACGUCACAAUGAACCAACUGGCUGGCACUUCCCCGUAGGACCCGGCUUGGCAGAAGUUGUCGAGUGUCCACUGUGGCAAUUUCCUGCUGGGAGCUAUUACCCUCCAAUAGAGACAACAGUGCCAUUUGAAGUAAUGUGGAGAGUAUGGCAGGAGAUGGAUGAGAGUGAGCCGGCAGCAGAGCCCACCCUGAUCCCCUUCCCAUCCACAAAGGCCUCGGUGGACUUCACUGUCAUGUCCUACAACAUCCUCGCUCAGGAUUUACUGGAGGCCCACGAGGAGCUGUACGUACACUGUCCUCUAGAGGUGCUGGACUGGAACUACCGCUGCAACCUAGUCCUGGAGGAAAUCAUGAAAUGGGCACCAGAUAUACUGUGUCUCCAAGAAGUUCAGGAAAACCACUACCAUGAACAGCUGCAUCCAAGCCUGUGUGAGAUGGGCUACACUUGUGUGUACAAGCGGCGUACAGGAACCAAGACCGACGGCUGUGCUAUUUGCUAUCGAAGCAGUUGCUUCUCUGAGGUAUCGGUGACCUAUCUGGAGUUCUACAGGCCGGACACAGAAGUGCUCAACCGGCACAAUGUGGGCAUUGUUUUGCUGCUUCGGCUAUUGGUCACCCAGGGCUCUGAGACCAAGGCGAAGGGCCCACUCCACUGCGUGGCCAACACCCACCUGCUCUUCAACCCGAAGAGAGGUGACUUGAAGCUGGCUCAGUUGGCCAUAAUGCUGGCAGAGAUCGACAGGGUGGUGAAGUCCUGUAAGGCCAAAGGUGAACAGUGUAACGUUGUAUUGUGUGGAGACUUCAACUCAGUGCCACAGAUGCCUCUUUACCAACUCAUCACUACCGGCGAGCUCUACUACCAGGGUCUACCCGCAUGGAUGAUUUCAGGUCAAGAGGACCUGUCCUACAAAACUCAUUGUUACAGAUUGUUUGCUCCCCUUUGGCCAAGCUGUCUGGGAAUCACCGACAACUGCCAGUACACAACCGUCAACGACCUGUUUGAGAGCGGGAGUCCGAAAUCAGGGAAAUGUCGUCACCGUCACGACUUCAUGCAACAGCUGCGUUAUUGUCCAGCUGCAUGCGUCCGUCCUGUGGACCUGCCGCUGAUCCCAGGCGUGACUGACAACACACCAGAUGCUUCAAGGGAAAAUCAGACGUACGAGAGAAGUUUCAGACACACCCUCAGACAUCGGUUAGACCUGGAGUCGGUCUAUAAACACAUUUUCCCAGGCUCUGGCUCCUCAGAAGUCACAAGCCUGCACUCUGAGAUGGGAGCCACUGUCGACUACAUCUUCUUCUCCCCAAGACGCAUCUCCUCCUCUGACCAAAGAGCUGGAGGCGACUGUGUGAGUACAGGUCUGAAGUUGAUAAGCAGCCUCUCUCUCUUAUCAGAGGACGUCUUGUGGUCCAUGAAGGGACUCCCCAAUCACAUGUUCCCCUCUGACCAUCUGUGCCUUUUGGCAAAAUUCCAGCUGGAACUCGAUGCUGCAUGAUGGGAAAAGACUCGGGGGUGAACGCAGAGGGACAGAGGUCAGAGGUUAAGCAUAUUUGGGGUUCAGGUCUUGCUCUGUAUACAUUUGUUUUUUGUUUUUAUUGGUAUGAAGCCCACGACGGGUGGUUCAGUCAGGAUCAGAAUUUUCUUACUGAAGUUGAUAAUUUUGUUGAAAAGGUGCAAGGAACAAUAAUGACUAUAUUCAGUUCAUCAGAUAAAUGACACAUAAGUGAGAUAUGACAAAUCCUAUUAGUUAUUAUUACAAAUCCAUAUGCAGUAGUUAAUUUAGAAAAAUUACGGCAGUGAUUGCUUGUGAUAAUACACUGACCUCUUUGUUUGGUUGAUAACUGUUCUGACAACGUUUACAUUUAUUUUAAACCUAAUUUUGAAAUGAGAAUUCGAUUUCUCUGAUUAUGAGUUAUUUCCUUUUUG